AUGAGAACUCAUACGGGUGAAAAGCCGUUUUCAUGUGUGAACUGUGGAAAAGGUUUUAGUCAAAAACAGCAUUUAACUCAGCACAUGAUGAUUCACACUGGUGAAAAGCCGUUUUCAUGUGUGACCUGUGGAAAAGGUUUUAGUCACAAACAGGUUUUAACUCGGCACAUGAUGAUUCACACUGGUGAAAAGCCGUUUUCAUGUAUGACCUGUGGAAAAAGUUUUAGUCACAAACAGCAUUUAACUCAGCACAUGAUGAUUCACACUGGUGAAAAGCCGUUUUCAUGUGUGACCUGUGGAAAAAGUUUUAGUCACAAACAGCAUUUAACUAAGCAUAUGAUGAUUCACACUGGUGAAAAGCCGUUUUCAUGUGUGAACUGUGGAAAAGGUUUUAGUCACAAACAGGUUUUAACUCGGCACAUGAUGAUUCACACUGGUGAAAAGCCGUUUUCAUGUGUGAAAUGUGGAAAAAGUUUUAGUCAAAAACAGCAUUUAACUGAACACAUGAUGAUUCACACUGGUGAAAAGCCGUUUUCAUGUGUGAAAUGUGGAAAAUGUUUUAGUCAAAAACAGAAUUUAACUCUGCACAUGAUGAUUCACACUGGUGAAAAGCCGUUUUCAUGUGUGAAAUGUGGAAAAUGUUUUAGUCACAAACGGAUUUUAACUCGGCACAUGAAGAUUCACACUGGUGAAAAGCCGUUUUCAUGUGUGAAAUGUGGAAAAGGUUUUAGUCGAAAACUUAGUUUAACUGAACACAUGAUGAUUCACACUGGUGAAAAGCCGUUUUCAUGUGUGAACUGUGGAAAAGGUUUUAGUCACAAACAGGUUUUAACUCGGCACAUGAUGAUUCACACUGGUGAAAAGCCGUUUUCAUGUGUGAAAUGUGGAAAAAAUUUUAGUCAAAAACAGCAUUUAACUCAGCACAUGAUGAUUCACACUGGUGAAAAGCCGUUUUCAUGUGUGAAAUGUGGAAAAGGUUUUAGUCGAAAACUUAGUUUAACUGAACACAUGAUGAUUCACACUGGUGAAAAGCCGUUUUCAUGUGUGAACUGUGGAAAAGGUUGUAGUCAAAAACAGAAAUUAACUCUGCACAUGAUGAUUCACACUGGUGAAAAGCCGUUUUCAUGUGUGAACUGUGGAAAAAGUUUUAGUCAAAAAGGUAAUUUAACUCAGCACAUGAUGAUUCACACUGGUGAAAAGCCGUUUUCAUGUGUGAAAUGUGGAAAAAGUUUUAGUCACAAACAGGUUUUAACUCAGCACAUGAUGAUUCACACUGGUGAAAAGCCGUUUUCAUGUGUGAAAUGUGGAAAAUGUUUUAGUCACAAACGGAUUUUAACUCAGCACAUGAAGAUUCACACUGGUGAAAAGCCGUUUUCAUGUGUGAACUGUGGAAAAAGUUUUGGUCAAAAACGGAUUUUAACUCAGCACAUGAAGAUUCACACUGGUGAAAAGCCGUUUUCAUGUGUGAAAUGUGGAAAAAGUUUUAGUCAAAAACAGGAUUUAACUCAGCACAUGAUGAUUCACACUGGUGAAAAGCCGUUUUCAUGUGUGAAAUGUGGAAAAAGUUUUUGUCACAAACGGAUUUUAACUGAACACAUGAUGAUUCACACUGGUGAAAAACCAUUUUCAUGUGUGACCUGUGGAGAAAGUUUUCGUCACAAGGUGAGUUUAAUUCACCACUUGAGGCGUCACACAGGUGAAAAGCAGUAGAAGUAUUUUCCAUACAUGUUCUAUGUUGAGGUUCACUAUAGAACUGAUUUGGUUUAAAACUAGAAUGAAAGACUGGAGGGGUUUCA